UCCGCGGCAGGGAAGAGUCCCGCAGUCUCCGGCAGCAGCGCGGGAGCAGGCGGCACCGCGCCCCGGCGGCUCUGCGGAGGGGCCCGAGCCCAUGUGAGCCGGGCGGGCGGGCGGAGCCCCGAGCACCAUGGGGGCCCUGGGCCUGACCCUGGGGAUUCUCCACUACCUGGGGCUCUACCUCCAGCUGGGCGCCCCGGCGCGGGCCCCCGCGGCCAACGCCCUGUUCACAGAGACCCCGCAUGACAUGACGGCCCACGCCGGGGAGGACGUGGAGAUGGCCUGCUCCUUCCGAGGCAGCGGCUCCCCCUCCUACUCGCUCGAGAUCCAGUGGUGGUACGUUCGCAAUCACCGGGACUGGACAGACAAACAGACGUGGGCUUCAAACCAGCUAAAAGCAUCUCAGCAGGAAGAAACUGGGAAGGACGCGACGAAAAUAAGCGUGGUGAAGGUGGUCGGCAGUAACAUCUCCCACAAGCUGCGGCUCUCCAGGGUGAAGCCCACCGACGAGGGGACGUACGAGUGCCGGGUGAUCGACUUCAGCGACAGCAAAGCCCGGCACCACAAGGUCAAGGCCUACCUGCGGGUAGAGCCGGAGGAGAGCUCUGAAGCGCCCCACCACGGCUCCUCCGCCAGGCACGUGCAAGACACCCAGCUGCUGGGCGGCCAGCUCUCUGACCACGCCAGACUGAGCGGCACCCCCUCCCACCACCAGCACCACCACCACAAAAUGGGCAAAGAGCUGAGGAAGCGGGCGGCAGACACCUCCUGCCUGCUGUAGACUGAGCCGGCGUGGCACAGAACGGGCUGCUGGAUUCCCCCCCCACACACACGUCCCUCCCCACCCCAGACUGGGCAGAGGAGGAGUGCACGAGGACCGGCACCGGGUUGAUGGAAAUCUACUGCUCCGAAUCAGAGACACACUCUGUGACUCUCGCAUGUACCCCUCUCUCCCCACCCUGCCAUGUAGCGAUGGAGUUUUAAUUUCUUUAAAAAUACCCUGGAGCUGAUGCAGUGCCGUUUCCAGGACUCGGAUGCAGACACGGGACCUCUCUGUUCCCAAGUAGGGUGUGACCAGAGGUGGGGAACUUCCUCUGUGCCAUCAGCUUGUAAGGGGGGGCUCUCCCUGCUGUCGGUGCCCAGGGGAGGGGCUGGGGUUGGGACUCAUUUCCAUGGAACAUGGCCCCUAGUCGCACCGUUCCCCUGGUGUGCCGUGUGCAGACAGGGCUUCCAGCUUUGUGCCAGGUUUCGUGUAUGCCAGCUGCUCACGCCCGUCUCGCAUUGCUAGCUUUCUAUGACUCUAGUGAACCCAGCUGGGUCUCUCUGUAUGUGGGAAUCGCAAUCACGCCCCUUUGCUUUGCCUGAUGAGUCCUGUCCUCCCUCCCUCGAGAGACCCCGCAUAGUUACUCUGGUUGGAUCCAGUUGUGUGGAUACAGCGUACGUCGCUCAUUCCUAUAGACGGUAAAUAAAGUUACCUCGUCCUCCUCCAGGCUGCCACACCUCGCCCCCGGCCGAGGAGGCCAGUCUCUGAGGGCAUGGGAGGAAGAGAGGGGCACUCUGAAUGGGAAGCCCAGCUGGUUUUAAGGAGCCAUCACAUUGGCUGGAGGGAAGGGGCAGAAAACGCCAACCUGCCUAGAAUUCAUUGGAUAAAAGGCGGGGCCCGGGUCGGCUUGGGAAAGCGCAGGGCUCUGCCAACCCUGGGGCGUAAGAGCUCUAGGGAGGUUUUGCACCCACUGCCCCCUCUUUCCUCAUUGCAUUUCAUGGAGAAGUGGGGAGGGGCUCCUCCCCCACUGUCGAACCCGUUCCUCGGCCCAGGGAGGGGGGUGGGCUCAAGCCACAGCCCGGUUCCGAGAAUUCCUACCCUGGGUUGUUUGAUACGACAGGCCGAGCCCAGCCCUGGUUCCCGGGGCACGCGUUAGUAUUUCUAUGUGCGCAGGGAGGGCGCGCUGCAGCCCGCCAGAGCAGCUCCUGGCGGGAACGGGGGGCCGUGGGCCCCCGACCUGCAAUCACACAGGAGGGGAAAGGGGAUCUCAGCGGCUCUCUUGCUCUAACCUCCCCAUGCACCACAUGAUCCAAGCUGUGACUUGCAGACCUGCUGAAGCGAAUAAAGCUCUUUAAAUGAA